GUCCUUGCUCCUCCACGCAUGCGCGCGCUCUUUCAAAUCAGAAUUCAGAACGAGUCUCACACUCUCGUAGUUUCCUGCUGCCUUGAACGAGUUGCCCGUCGACGCUGCUUGUCUUCUUCAGUUAAAUUUAUAUUUUUGUAGACGUAUUCCGUUUUGUGUAACAGUAAUCAUAAUUUGUUAUCUCUUUUUAAACGUAAUCGAGCAUAAAAAUGUACAAGUUUAAAUGACGCGACAUCGAGUGCGUAUGUAUGAUGCGAAUUUAAUUUACGAGUGAGUGACAAAGUCGGUUUUUCAUAUUUGGUUAUUAUUCGAGGAACAAGUGCGAAUACAUGUAAAGAAUUCUAUUUACCGGUUAUGGCAAAGUUCUUGGCGACGAUUAAGGCGAUAAUUACGCGCUUGGUGUUCGCUUCGCACGGAUUUAUCGCAAUCUGGCAAGUGACAACUUUCAAAAAGAAUCCGUUCUUCUGGUAUCUGAGUUGUCCUAUCUUAUUGCUUUUCUUCGAGGGUAUUUUCACGCUCACGAUAAAGGAAAAUCAGGAGUGGAAAUGGUUCUGCCCGUCCGUAUUUUUGUAUCUCAGCAGCAUAGUACCUGCAAUUUGGCUGCUGGAACUGGACAAAGUGGACAGGCGGCUGAGACCUCACGAGUCGGACAUUAACAUAUCCGAGAACUUUGAUCUGUCCAAUCUGGCAGCUGAUGACUUGAAACAUCUGGAGGAAGCAUUAGGCGUCGAUAUUCGAUUGCCGGACAUAAAAAUCUCUACGGAGACGUGGGUUACCCUAAUCGAACAGUUCCUGAUGUUGAUCCUAAUAAUCGGCCGAUGGAUGUUGCCGAAAGGCGAUUUGACUCGUGAUCAACUGAGCCAGCUUCUGUUGGUGUACAUUGGCACCGCGGCCGACAUCAUCGAGUUCUUCGACUCCUUUAAGGAAGACAGGAUAGCGAGGGAACCCGUGCUCGUGUACCUGACUCUGGGCAUCUGGGCGUGGUCCUUGAUGCAAUUCACGGUCGUGCUGACUGCUACGAAAUCGAGAAAAUCCCGAUUAUCGUCCUCUGUCAGCAGAAAGAAAGUUCGAACGCAGACCAGUUGCUGCAGCAUCGACGUAUGGGGAAUCGCGCUGAACAUGGUUCUUCAGGACGGACCGUUUCUAGCAUUUCGCUUAAUAUUGAUAAUCCAUUACCAAAUAGUCAGUUAUAUGAAUAUAUUCUUCACGUGUAAGAACACGUUGGUGAUACUGCUGCAGUUGUAUCGACUUUACGUGGUGCAGAGCGAAAUCAAGAAUAAACGGGUGCACAAGAAAUACAACAAGAUGGAGGUGUCGAAUAUCAGUAUCAUUUCUCGAGGCGACAUGUACAAAGACGUGAGAAUGAAGAGCUUUCGCGACAAUAAGCACAAGCGACGACGUGAUAAGGACGUAGAAGCGAAUUACACCGAGAGUGAGGACUCGACAGAGGAUAUUGAUAAAUUCGAUUCAUCCCCGAAAAAUAUUGCUCGCUCUAAACGGAAAACCCGUCAAGAUACUGGAUACUCGACGUCCAGCUCUCGUAAUUCAGGCAAGCAGGACAAAUUGCAGAAACGUGAGGGGAAGAAAAGAUCGUCGCAUAAGGAAGAAACACGACGUGGCGCUUCUGACGACGAAAGACGAAGCAAGAGAAGAGGAGACAGAAAGUCUUCCGAGAAAAGAUCGACGAGGAAUAAGAAUGACGAUGAUUCCGGUAAAAGUUCGAAUAGAAAAUUUGAUAGCGAGAAUGACUCCUCCAGCGAAGAAUUAACCGAGAGCAAGACUGCUAGUGAAAGCAGCGAAUCAGAAUCUGGUAGAAACAGCGCUCGUAAGUAUGCGCACCGGAAACGAAAGCAAGACAGAGAUUGACAGCGAAAUGCGGGCAUUGUGGCAUUGCUAUUUAUUUAUUCUGCGAUUCUAGUCAUUUGCAUACUCUUUAUACAUGCUGGUAUCAAUGAUGGCGUUGUACUAAUAAGAAGAACAAAACACUUCUAUCGUGUAAGUUAACAUUAAUAUUUAUAAAAAUUAAUUUAUAAAACUGUUUAAUAUUUUUUUGGUAGAAAGAGUGAGAAACGAGUUCUUACUCGUUUAUAUUCAUUAAACAUAAUCUACAGUUUUUAAUUAUCUGAAAUCGUAAACACAUGUAUAUCUAAAAGUGCCUUGAUGCAAAAAAUAUUUGUAAUUAUCAUUAAUUAUAAGUAUAUUAAAGACAAGUGGAAAAAGAAUAGGAAAAUAAUGAAGAAUCUUUUAAUUUUUUGAAUAUAAGUGUGUACUUCUUUUAACAGACAUGAGACAUUAUUAAUCUAAAAAGUGCGAUUUAAAAAAAAUAUAUCUGCUCUAAAUAUAUUUAAUCUAUUAUAUACGUUGUUCGUAAUAUCUAUGUCUCUCUAUGUACGUUAAUUUUCUCGUAUGUAUUCCUGUGAAAUAAAAUGAACAGAUGAGCGAAAA